GCGAGGGCGGCGGCGGCGGCGGCGGCGAGUGCGCGGGCGAGGGCGGCGAGGUCGAGGGCGGCGGGGGCAGCGGCUGGAGGAUCUUCUUUCUGGGCCACUUCCCGCGCAAGAUGGACUUGCUGGCCGGCAGCGGCGCCGUGGUGCGCGUGCGGUCGAUGGACGCGCAUGCGUACGUCCUCUCGCCCGCGGGCAUGAAGGAGCUGUGUGCGCUUCGCUACGCCGGCGACCAGGUCGACGUGCAGUUCCACUACCGCUGCGAGCACGCGUAUGCGCUCCACCCGAUGGUUGCCGUGCAGACGCCGGGGCACUCGGCGACCGAAGGGGUCGAGAGGGCCGCGGACUGGAACGACCACAAGCCUAGAAACAGAAAGCACUUCCGCCGAAGCGGAACACGUACUCUUGUGCCCCAGCCGGCGCUCGAGAGGAGACGCGGACUCCGCUGCGCUCGGCCGUAUUCCGCGGUAUUCGCUGUCUUUCUGUCGCUCGUAACCACGCGGGGCUCUGACGCCUCUGCACGGCACCCUCUUCACGCAGAGCACAACCGCGGGCCAAAGACGCACACGCACAGGCAGUAAAAGGAGAAGCAGCGACGGCCGCCAGAAGGCAGUCUAUUCCCGCCCCGAGGGCGGCGUAUUCACCCGCGUAGGACGACAAGCUCAGAAGCGCCAGACCCCCCCCCCUACCCCACGGUACCCGAACGCAUCCUCCCCUACCCCACGUUACCCGAACCCAUCCUCCCGUAGGACGACAAGCUCGAGCGUGAGCGGAGCCUCU